CCUAGCAGAGUGAUAAUAAAGGUCUGGCUCCGGUUGCAUGUUAUUGGACACGGAACUCCGGAUGAGCGUAGAAACUGGCAGUGAGAGCCAGUUUAACUUUACUUAGACGAGACGGGACGAGACGAUACUUGUCCUCUCGCUGAACAGGAUCGGUGCCCGUCAUGAUCAUCCAUAGCAGAUAAGUGACGGGGUGCAUGUGGCCACAGGUGGCGCAAGAAGAGCAUGGAGCCGGAUGUCAUCCAGCUGUACUCUUCCUCUCCUCCUCCACUGGAUGAGGCUGGAGAGGAAGAAGAGGAGGAUGAGUUUGGGGAGUUUGGGGGUUUUGAUGGUGGAGGGAUGUCCUCCAGUCUCUGUUUCUCAGAGCUCAACACGCUCACAACAUUCAACCAAUCAAACGCACUGGAGGACUCCCCACCUGACCUGUACAUCAAAUCCGUGCAGAACGUCACUGUAUCGGGGAGUGGAUGGGAAGACGAGAGAAAAAUGGUAGGAGAAUCAAUCAGCAGUGUCGAGAAAACAGAGAAGGAAUCGUCUGACAUUCUCACAAAUGGCAUGAUGUCCUCCAACCUACAAAUGGAGGUCUCUACUGAAAAUGGUCAGAACUCUACCUCGAUACUUUCUGAUGUCCAAAACAGCAACAUGGGUGAUGGACACAGCCUCAGUAAUGGCUACAGUGGGUCUUGUGCAAAUUCAGAGCAGGACAAAGCUCUUUCCAUCUGCUUAGAAAGCACAGACACUGAGGAAAGCUCUAGACUGGAUGUCAGUGUAGCUGAUGUGUUAGAAAGAAACCGGUUAAUUAACCAAAUGGACAACAUGUCAGACUCGAACAAUCACUUAUCGCUUAAAGAAUCUGAACCUGGAGAGACAGAAACCAUACUGGAGUCAUGUAGUGACUCCCAGUCGUUUACUUCCUGUGGAGAUGCACAAGAGGCUGAAGGUGAGCAUGAACAAAUGGAGAACUUUGUUGUAUGUGGUGACGCAGGCUGUCUAGACGGGUCUGCGAACUGUGUAGAUAUAACUGAAACAGAGACGACCCCCUCACUGGAUGUGGAUGUAAUCGCUGACACACAGAGCGGAGACACAAGGGAAAUUCAUGGAUCAUCUGUAAAAGCAGAGCUUCAAGUAGAUGAGGAGCUUGAGACACCCAUGGACUCCACAGCCGACGAGGAUUUUGGAGAUUUCAGAGAUGCAACUCAGGGUUCAGACUUCAGCCGAACUGAAUCUAUCACCCAGGAAGGAUUUCCUGAAUUUGUCACUGCAAUGUCCAGGUGCUCCACAGAUGAUGAGUUUGGUGACACGGACACCCUGAAGGACUUCAAGGACGACAAUGAGCUGGCUGAGGUAUCCGUGGAUGAUGAAGUAGCUUUUUGUUCAGAGUUGCCUCCUAGUGACAGUUUUGCUGACUUUAGUUCAGCUCCGUCUGGAGGAGUGGUGGUGGGAGGCGAGGACGGGUGGGCUGCAUUUCGACCACCUGAAGCCACUGAAGAGGGUCAGGACUCAUGGGCCACAUUUGAGGAUGAACAGAGUGCUUACCUGGGUAAAGAAGAACAAAAUGAUGAGACUUCAUUAGCGCCCUCUAGCGACAACCUCCAGAGUAGCACUGCUGAUUUCAGCUGCAAAAUACAGCAUCUCUUCAGAACCGCCUUCCCUUCAGACAUCCGUCCUGAGGUCAGCGGGGUCACUGAGGUCUUGCCCCUCCACAAAUUCCUACAGAUUCACGAUCCUCAGCAGCAAAGGGAUACAAGUGGCUCUCAGGAGUCAGAGACUCAUCUUGGGAAUGCAUUAGCCAUGUGGCGCCACCUUCAGGACAUCCUCGGCUCUCAUGGCCUCAAAUACAAGUGGGCUGGUUCCCAUAGCAACAAAAUACUCCUGGAUUGGCUAGGAAUCAGGAAUAUUUUGUUCACUGGAGAUACAAAGCAGCCAGUGAUCGUGCCUAUGUUUGCUGCUGGACUGGGAAUGCUGGAGCCCACCAAAGAGUCUCAAAAAUCUCCAGCCUCCCCUGCACUUUCCCCUUUUGCUCCUGUGGAGAGUGGAAAUAUUCUAUGCACUCAGGUGGUGUCCUCUUUGGCCAUUAGUAUUGAUGCACUAGAUGGUGGAAUAUCAGAGCUAAAUUUGGACUAUUUUGGCUCUGUGGAAGAAUGUAGCUCAGAUAGUGAAACUGACACUCCACUACCAGGUGUUGAUCCAGAGAUAUAUGAACUGACUACAGCUAAAAUGGAGAACACCACUGGUCGCAACAUUGCAGAUGCAUUUACAAAACUCAUGGAGUCUAUGGAGAAAACCAGAACAACAGCCAGGAAGCCAGAAAGAGAUGAAAAGAUAAGCGAAGAGGCAGCAAAAGUCAUCUCUCUUCUCCCCGACCUAUCCUUCAUGCAGGCCAGGGUCCUAAUGUUCCCCUCCAUCCUAACUCCAGCAGCCUUCACAUAUGACUGAACACAGCUUCAGUCAGUCACCUUGCAGCCUCAUCAUUCAUUGGUUUCAAAAAACAGCUCAAAUCACUGUUUGAUCCAUUAAAAAAAUUAAUUACAAAAAAAAAAUUACAUUUAAUGUAAAAAUGUAAUCUUUUAAAAACUGCCUAUUCCUUCACUUCCACAGUUGUUAAAUUUGUUUAAACUGGAUUGAAUUGUCCUGGAAUAUGUGAAAAUGUUGCUGAUGAUUUUUCUUCAGCAGUAAAGACACUUUGUCUUUAAUAUACUGAGUAUUUAGAAUAGCAUAUUCACCUUUAAUCUAUGAUAUAUUACUUGUUUGUUAUGGUUUUUAUUUUUGAGUGCAGUUUGUGAAAAUGACACUUUUUAAUCAAUGAGGUGAAAUGCAGAAUUGCACAUUUUAAUACUUGAAACCAGAGACUGUAAAUGAAUACUGACCCCUGGUUGCUAUACAGUAUAUAUAUAUAUAUAUAUAUAUAUAUAUAUAUAUAUAUAUAUAUAUAUAUAUAUAUAUGAAAUUAUAAAUAUUUUAGUAUGUGCUUUUCUUUUUUAUUUCUCAUUAUUUUAAAUGUCAUUCAGUUCAGUGCUUUCUUUAAUUGAUAUGUAACUACCUGUUUUUAGGCAGUUUUUCACCUUUAUCUUCUAACCAUCCUUACUUUUUUACUUCCUGUAAGUUUAUUUAUUUAGUUUUACCACAACUGACAAAAACACAAGAAGAGACUAUAUUAUAAUACAGUUUUGAUCACUUCAGUAACUAAGGGAGAUGCUUCUUUCGGCAUGUCUGCUUUUUUAGUUGUGUUUUGGUUGUUUGUCUUAUUAUUGUACUGUCACUAUUAUUUUUAAGGUGGAGAUUUCGCACAAUCAGAUAUAAUAUGAAAAUGACAGAAGUGCUAUGACAUCUUGAAGAAAAGAUGUUUGUACUGUUUCUGUGAAGAAAAAAGUGUGUAAAGGAAGUAGUGUCUUUGUCUAAUGUUUUAAAUUGUAUUUUAAAGUUCAACAACAAUAAAAAGGCACAGAAACUAG